CACCGACCCAAUUGUCACACGUCCUGCACUCGGCCCAGGGUCCCGGGCGACGGGCGUGGCCGAGGAGAUAAUCUGGGACCGGAACGGCCGGCCGAGCUGGUGGAGGUCUGGGAAAGCCUCUGACCAAGCCGUGCACAGGGUCCACUGAUAGAUUCUUCUGAUGCUCAUAUCCCUCUCGUAGCUGCACCCCCACACCAAAGGUGCAAUCUGGUGCAACGUUUCGUAUACGAUGCUGUCCACCUGCAGGCAGUUGAUCACCUCUGCUCCACACGGUAGCAGGGCGCUCCUUGUCCGCUCGUAUGCCACCGCCAAAGACAUCACUCCGUCGGUUCAGGCAACGCGCUCCCGCGACGGCAGUCGCAAGGAGAAGCUCGUUGUUCUCGGCGGCGGGUGGUCAGGCUUCGAGGUGUUGAGAGGCGUUGACAAGAAUAAAUACGAUGUCUACAUCGUCGCACCAAACACGUAUUGGACCAUGACACCUCUAUUGGCGUCUGCAGCCACCGGCAGCCUUGAGUUUCGAAACGUAGUAGAACCGAUUCGAGAGAGUUGCGACCAGGCAUACUAUUACCAUGCGUGGUGCGAUCGCAUCGACUUUACACGAAAGCGCGUCCACUUGACACCGGCCUAUCCCCCAGCUUUUCAGAGUCCCGAUCCGGCUUUUGGUGGAUCUGAAGCAGGUCAGAAUAGCAGCGCAGUCCCCAACAGUCGCGGAGGUCAAGAGUCUAGCUACGUUCGCGUACCGCAUCGUCAAGCGAUUGAAGGCAGCGAAGACGCCACCCAUGCGACAGCACGCAAGCACGAUGACAAGCCCAAUGAGACGUGGGACUCGCAGGAACAAGGACGUAGCUAUGCUUUGCCGUACGAUAAGCUGGUCAUUGCGACAGGGACUUAUAAUCGGACAUUCGGUACACCUGGUGUGCGGGAAAAUGCAUGGUUCCUGAAGGAUGUCCAGAACGCCAGGUCUAUCCGCUUCAGGAUUAUGGAGUGCUUCGAGCAAGCCGAGCAUCCGGAGUUGACAGAUCAACAGAGGCGGAAUGUCCUGUCAUUCAUCGUGGUCGGUGGUGGUCCUACUGGGUCAGAAAUGGCGUCGGCUCUCUUCGACAUGGUGCACAAUGACAUUCGGAGGGUUUUCCCCCAUCUGGUGAAGCUGUGUAGCAUCACGAUUGUCGAUGCGGCGGGUAGCAUUCUUAACACCUUCGACAAGAGCUUGCAGGAGUAUGCUCAGAAGACUUUCCAGCGAGAUGGUAUCCAGCUCAAGCUGAACCGAAAGCCUGUCCGCGUGGAGAGGGGAAAUUUCGUCGUAGAGCCAGAUGGUGAGAUGCCCUUUGGUCUGCUCGUCUGGUCCACGGGCAACACUCAAGGGCCCUUGGUCAAGGGCAUCACCAAUGUAAAGAAAGACCAGACGGGAGCACUCGUCACAGACGAUCAACUCGAGGUCAUUCCCUCUGACCCUUCCCAUGCGGAAGAAGUGCAGGGCGUCUAUGCCAUGGGCGAUUGUGCCCAGAUCGAGGACCAUGCAUUGCCGGCGACAGCGCAGGUAGCUGCUCAAAAAGGCAAAUUCCUUGCAAAGCUAUUGAAUUCUCAAGGAGCGUCAGGGGAAUCCUUCAAGUAUCAACACAGCGGGACCCUUGCCAACUUGUCUGGUGGCCGCGGUAUCGCUCAAUUUAGCAAGGGCGGCAAGCUGUCCGGUCGAUCUGCUUCUGCUCUGUGGCACAGCACCUAUAGCCUGUACAUGAGCGUGAGCUGGAGAAACAAAAUUGCCAUUCCUUUCACGUGGAUGCUGAACCGCGUCUUUGGGCGGACAUUGUCCAGGAUUUAGACCCUUCUGCAAGCAAACAAUCUUGGCAUUCUCACACACACGCACACGCAUGUUGUAUUGUAUCAUUCUUGGCUGUCCUGCCGCCAUUCCAUCACUCUAUGCAUACUAUUUCGGCAUCUUCUCGCGUGUGGAAAGCGAUAAGCAAGGGUUGAUCCAGUCGAGCCGAGGUAGGGGUACUGUCUCUCACUGCAAGGUGUCGCAAACAUUCCGCAAACCCUUGCCCCAGCUCGCUUGUGCAGCCAGCUACCGAGGCGCGCUCGAUUGCAUGAGGGUCCUUCUAGCACACCAGGGCGAUAAGAGCAGGCCACGAUGAGGGCCGCGUGGCGUAUGCGCUAGCAUCGACACCGCCACUUCGCCGCAUCUUUGAGCGAAGCGAAGUGAUGAAGGUGUGAGAGAGGGAGAACGGCUUAGUAGUAGUACCCAGAAGGAUCCUUU